AAUUUUGUUCAGUAAGAUACAGCAGUUACUGGGUGGUAGACUGAGAAUGAUGUUAAGUGGUGGUGCGCCACUCUCGGAGAAAACACAGAGGUUUAUGAACAUUUGUUUCUGUUGCCCGGUAUUACAGGGUUAUGGCCUUACAGAGACAUGUGGAGCCGGGACAGUCUGUGAUGUAAAUGAUAUGAGCACAGGGCGUGUUGGACCACCUUUGACAUGUUGUGAAAUCCGACUCAGAGAUUGGCUAGAAGGAAAUUACCUGAAUACAAACAAGCCUUGCCCCCAGGGUGAAAUUCUGAUAGGUGGUGGCAAUGUUGUACAAGGUUAUUACAAGAACAAGGAGAAAACAGAGGAAGAUUUCACUGUCAUAGAUGGUUUACAAUAUUUCUGUACCGGUGAUAUAGGGCAAAUAGACAGUGAUGGAAGUCUAAGGGUGAUAGAUCGUAAAAAGGAUCUUGUGAAACUACAGCAUGGAGAAUACAUAUCUCUCAGCAAGAUUGAGACAGCAUUAAAGAUGAGCCCACUAGUAGAACAAAUCUGUAUCCAUGCCAACAGUUCACAGUCUGUGUGUAUAGCGCUGAUUGUACCCAGUCAGAAAAACAUUACAGAGCUGGCAAAGAAAGUGGGCGUGACUGGAAAAGAGAUAGAAGACUUAUGUGAAGAUGAGAAAGUGGAGAAAGAGGUGUUGAAAGAGUUAGCUGUUGUUGGUAAAAAAGCAAAAUUGGAGAAGUUUGAAAUUCCUGCCAAGUUAAAGCUGUGCCCAGAACCUUGGAUGCCAGAUACUGGACUGGUUACAGAUGCAUUUAAACUGAAACGUAAAAACAUUGAAGAAACAUUUAAACCCAGUCUGCAGAGGAUGUACUCAUUUGCAUAAAAUAAUUAGACCACGAUAGAUCAAAACAUGUACAAUAUUAUAAUAGUGUAUUUUAGAUAAAUACUGGUAUUGCAUAUAAUAUUGGCUAUAUUCAAUGCGGAACAAAUUUAUAUUUAGAUGUAGCAUUAAUGCAUGCAUCCACUAUAAUUGUUACUCGUAAUUUUGGGAAAGUUGGUAUACUCUGUUUUGUAAGGUUUUUAUUGGCACUGAUUUGACUUCUUUUUUCUGUCUGUUCAGACAAACUUUGACCUCAGCGACAUAAUCCUUAGUAUAAAAAUCUUGUGCCAUUUUAGUCAUUUGCUAAAAUUUCACUUAUUUGGCUACUAAAAUCACACAAUUUUUUUUUAAAUUGUCUUCUAAAACCACUAAAAAUUUCUCCAUUUUGUCUUCUAAAACCACUAAAAAAUUUCUAAUUUGGCUACUUUAAUCACUAAAAAUUUCUCUAAUUUGACUACCUUAAACCACUAAAACUUUCUCUAAAUUGUCUUCUAAAAUCACUAAAAAAAUCUCUAUUUUCUCUUCUAAAACCACUCAAAUUUUCUCCAUUUUGUCUUCUAAAACCACUAAAUAUUUCUCUUAUUUGGGUACUUAAGUCACUUAAAAAACCCAUAAAGUUGGAUAAAGGAUUUUUUCAGCAAGAGUAUGUCCUCAUUGAUCUUUCAUACUGUACUUUACUAUUGAAAUGUAACAAGGUGCUUUGUACUUUUAUUGUAACAUAUUUAUAGGUAUGCAAGAUGUGUAAUAAGAUGAAUGGAGUUGUUUAAAUAUUUUUAUAUUUUGAAAUACCAUAAAUUCAGAGAUGUGCUAUUGUCUCUGGUACAUUUUAGGGCAGAUAGUUAUGGAAAUUUUGUUACUGAAGUAUGUUGCCUUGAAUUAAAAAAAUUAAAUUAAAAAUCUUUCUUUUAUAUGCUAAUGUACAAGUGAUAGCAGUAUUUCACAAAUGAUAAUUAUUUUUAAAUCUAUCUAUGAAAUAUUUUUAAUGUAGACUUUCCAGAGAGAAUUCCAUAAUUUGAUUACAAUUAAUAAAUAAAUUAAUUUCAUUGUGAUUUGAUCUUGAAUCUACUAGAACUGGUAGGGAUUAGCUUUCAUAACCACUAUAGAGCUCGGCUUAGGUGAACGUAUGUGCAGUAUAAUCAGAAUCUAUAAGGUGAGCUGACCAACUCUAAAUUUUGACUUUGAUAUCCCUUAAAUUGAUAACGGACAGUUCUAAUAAUUAAGAAAUUGGCAGGUUAAUGGAUAAAUGGCAAUUAAGUAGAUUAAUUAAUCAUUAUAUAUUGAUGAAUAUAAUAUGGGUUGUUUUUUUUUAUUUUGUAGGCUUUUUACUACUUGUAUUUCUUGUGUAUUCUGCAUUGAAAAUACUUUGGGAUAAUUGAUUUUUUUAUUCAUAAUUUACUUCCUUUUUUUAUUUUCUAGUAACAUAUUGUUGGCAGUGUUUUAUUUAAUGAAAUGAUAAUUAAAUACCACAAAGUCCCAUCCUGUUUUUUCAUAUAAUAUAUUUUAAACAUUUGUUAUUUUUCUUUCAAGAAAUGUUGUCAAUGUCUUGUAAUAAGGUAUUGUCCGGGACUUUUAAAUAAAACCUGUAGAUAUGUUGCAACUUUAUAUGUAACACGUAUUGGGCUGUAAAGUAAUCUUUGGGAAAAAAAAAAUAUUUUUCAUGAAGUCUAUUGUAAAAAGUUAGAUAUAUUGUAACAUCAAUGAGUUUACUUGAUUUUAGAAAAUCCCCAACAACUUAACUUUGAAGUGUAACAUUAAAUUAUUUUAACUAUAAAGGUUAUAAAAGAUUCUUUACAGUUUGUGUAUCAAAAAUGAUAUGAGCCGUGUCAUGACAAAACCAACAUAAUGGGUUUGCAACCAGCAUGGAUCCAGACCAGUCUGCGCCUCCGCUCAGUCUGAUCAGGAUCCAUGCUGUUCGCUAUCAGUUUCUCUACUCGUAAUAGGGUUUGUAAGCGAACAGCACUAUGUUGGUUUUGUUGUGACUCGGCUCAUAUGUGAAAUCAUGGAAAUGUCCUUGCAUGUAAAGAUUGACAGACAUGUUUUACAUUGUUGUUUUGUCCAAGUUUGUAAAACUUGAAAAAGUCCAUUUCUUUUAUAUAUUUACUAGUAGACUUGCUUUAAAUUUUUGUUAAAAACAUGUGUAUAUGUUUUUGUUGCAUUUGUUGUAGUUGCUUUUAUUAUGAAAAUAAAUUCUUAUUGAAUUACCUGAAAUAAAAUAUAUUCAGUGCUAGAUUGAAA